AUGAGGGAAUACUACACACCAUUGUGGUUGUGUGCAGUUCUUAUGUGUCUACUGCUGGCGCUGGUCAUUUCGCUUUUCCUAGUGUUUAUCUGCCUUCAUUGCAAUCAUCCGGGUAUUAUCAAGCAGCACAUUAUGUUGCUGGCUGCAUCGUGGCCAAUUGCUGUGCUGCUGACUGCAUCGGCGGUGGUGGCUGGUGCGCCGCUGCUCGUCGGGAAUGUUGUGUUUGUGGCUUGGCUGAUUGUUCUUCUUUGGCUUCUCACCAUUCUCGUUUCGCUCAUCGCUUUGUUCACCAAUUCCUACAAUCUGCUGCUCCCACAUCUCGUCUGGACGGGUUUUCUGUGCGCUGUUUGCACGUUCUGCUCGCUCACACUAUUCUUCUACGACACGCGACCGUGGACGAUGUUCCUCUCGAGCGGAAUCGCCGUUCUGCUGGGCAUCUCCGUGGUCGUCGAGACCAAGUGUUUUCUAGCUAUGCGACAAUGUCUGCGAUGA